AUGGAUAACAAAACAUUUGGUUACAAACAACUAAUUGUACCAAAUAUUGUUCACUACGUGUUGUUCACAAUCCAUGAGAUAGAGUUCGCGCACUUUAUAUCCAUAUUAUCAGUACUGAAGAAUCAAAGACCAGAAAUCAUUUACAUUCACUGCGAUUGUCAUCAAAUCAGUGGUCAAUACUUCCAACGGGUUCUCAAAGUGGCCGAUAAAGUCAACACUAAAGUUAUUGUCAGAUAUGUAGACAAACCGACAGAAAUAUUUGGUAAAAAAUUAAAGGAUAAUUGGAUUAAUUGGUAUAUUAUGCCAAUUAAGGUAUUGAUAGAGUUUGGGGGCAUUUAUUUAGAUAAUGAUAUAUAUGUCGUAAAAUCAUUGGAUGUGUUUCGCAAAAAUAAAAUAACCCUUUAUUGGGAUACAUAUAUGCAUUUGGAUAAUCAGUUAAUAAUAGCACAUAAAAAGACAGCAUUUUUGAAAGUAAUGCUAAAUUUAUUUUAUUAUUACGACAAUACUGUUUGGUAUUUUAUUAGAGAGUUUGUUACUAAAGAUUAUCUCAUGAAAAGACCCGAAUUAGUUGUAUCGAUGGCUAAAUUUGGUUUCAAUGGGACCACUGUUUGUCAUAAACUUUACCAAAUGUAUUACAAAGACUGGAAAACUGAGUUUUAUGCCAUUCAUAUGCUAUUGAAAGGCAAUAAGAUAUCGACAUAUAAUAAGUUUUAUUGUUUCGGUGUAUUUCAUUGGAUCUAUCAAACCAUCACUGAGUUUGAUGAACACAGUGUCAGACAAUUGAAUAUAACGUUUAGUGAAAUGUGUGGUCAAGUAUUUGACUUUGAAUACAAUUUGAUUCAUUGA